CGGCCGGGCGGAGGGGCCCCGCGGGCGGCGGCGGCGGCGAUGUGCCGCGCCCCGCCGAGCCCGGCCCGCCGAGCCAGGUGAGGCUGCCGCGGGAGCGCCGGCCGCGGCCAUGGGCACCCUGGGCAAGGCGAGAGAGGCCCCGCGGAAACCUCAUGGCUGCAGAGCUGCCACUAAAGCAAGACUAGAGGUGAAGCCAGCCAGCAGCCCCCUCCACUCCCAUCCCAGCCUGGCCCAGAUCACCCAGUUCCGAAUGAUGGUGUCUCUGGGACAUUUAGCCAAAGGAGCCAGCCUGGACGAUCUCAUCGACAGCUGCAUUCAGUCUUUUGAUGCAGAUGGAAACCUGUGCCGAAGUAACCAACUGUUGCAAGUCAUGCUGACCAUGCACCGGAUCAUCAUUUCCUCCACUGAACUGCUCCAAAAAGUCAUCGCCCUCUAUAAGGAUGCCUUGGCAAAGAAUUCACCAGGGCUUUGCCUGAAGAUCUGCUAUUUUGUGAGGUACUGGAUAACGGAAUUCUGGGUCAUGUUUAAAAUGGACGCCAGCUUGACGGACACCAUGGAGGAGUUUCAGGAGCUGGUGAAGGCUAACGGCCAGGAGCUACACUGCCGCCUGAUUGACACGACUCAAAUCAAUGCCCGUGACUGGUCCAGGAAGCUGACUCAAAGGAUAAAAUCCAACACCAGCAAGAAACGUAAAGUCUCCCUGCUGUUUGACCACCUGGAACCAGAGGAGCUGUCGGAGCACCUCACCUACCUGGAGUUCAAGUCCUUCCGGAGGAUAUCCUUCUCCGAUUAUCAGAAUUACCUCGUGAAUAGCUGUGUGAAGGAGAACCCCACCAUGGAGCGGUCCAUUGCCCUGUGUAACGGCAUCUCCCAGUGGGUACAACUGAUGGUUCUCAGCCGCCCCACCCCGCAGCUCCGGGCAGAAGUCUUUAUCAAGUUCAUCCAGGUGGCUCAGAAGCUCCACCAGCUACAGAACUUCAAUACGCUGAUGGCCGUGAUAGGCGGGCUGUGUCACAGCUCCAUCUCCAGGCUCAAGGAGACAAGUUCACAUGUCCCUCACGAAAUCAACAAGGUUCUGGGUGAGAUGACUGAGCUGCUGUCCUCCUGUAGAAACUAUGACAACUAUCGGCGAGCCUAUGGGGAGUGUACCCAGUUCAAGAUCCCCAUCCUGGGGGUGCACCUCAAGGACCUCAUCUCCCUGUACGAAGCUAUGCCCGACUAUCUGGAAGAUGGGAAGGUGAACGUCCACAAGCUGCUGGCCCUUUACAAUCAUAUCAAUGAGCUGGUCCAGCUGCAAGAGGUGGCCCCGCCCUUGGAGGCCAACAAGGACUUGGUGCAUUUGCUGACGUUGUCCUUAGAUCUCUACUAUACCGAAGAUGAGAUCUACGAGCUCUCCUAUGCUCGGGAACCAAGGAACCACAGAGCCCCACCACUAACACCUUCAAAACCACCAGUCGUAGUGGAUUGGGCCUCUGGAAUAUCUCCCAAACCUGACCCAAAGACCAUUAGCAAACACGUCCAGAGGAUGGUGGAUUCUGUCUUCAAGAACUAUGAUCACGACCAGGAUGGAUACAUUUCUCAGGAAGAGUUUGAAAAGAUUGCCGCCAGUUUUCCCUUUUCCUUCUGUGUGAUGGACAGGGACAGGGAAGGCCUCAUCAGCAGAGACGAGAUCACAGCCUACUUCAUGAGGGCCAGCUCAAUCUACUCCAAGCUGGGCCUGGGCUUUCCUCACAACUUUCAAGAGACCACCUACCUGAAACCUACUUUCUGUGACAACUGUGCUGGCUUUCUCUGGGGAGUGAUCAAACAAGGAUAUCGAUGUAAAGACUGCGGGAUGAACUGCCACAAACAGUGCAAAGAUCUGGUUGUGUUUGAGUGCAAGAAGCGAGCCAAGAACCCAGCAGCUCCCACAGAGAACAGCGCUGCUGGAGGGCCAGCAUCCAGUCUUUGCUCAUUGGGAGCCAAAGACCUGCUCCAUGUACCUGAGGAAGGACCUUUCACAUUCCCUAAUGGGGAGGCUGUAGAACACAGUGAGGAAAGUAAAGAUCGGACCAUCAUGCUCAUGGGAGUGUCCUCACAGAAGAUUUCAGUUCGGCUGAAGAGGACUGUCGCCCAUAAGGCCACCCAGACGGAAUCAUUGCCUUGGCUUGGCAGUGAGGGUCCUUCUGGUCCCUUUCUACUGUCUUCCCCAAGGAAGACAGCCCAGGAUACUCUGUAUGUGCUUCCCAGUCCCACAUCUCCAUGCCCCAGCCCCGUCUUGGUCAGAAAGCGAGCUUUUGUCAAGUGGGAGAAUAAAGAAUCCCUCAUAAAAUCAAAGGAGGAUCUCCGUCAUCUCAGACUCCCAACCUACCAAGAGCUGGAACAGGAAAUAAAUACCCUGAAAGCAGAUAAUGAUGCUCUGAAGAUCCAACUGAAAUAUGCACAGAAGAAAAUAGAAACCCUCCAACUUGCAAGAAGCAAUCAUGUCUUGAUGGAACAAGGUGACUGUUCUUAG